AAGGCGGCAAGGUGGUCUGGUCCGAAGGGAGGAGAAGAGGAAAGAGAACAUCAGGGGAGACAUCACUGGAUGUAAGAGAAUGAAUAAUUUCAAGUACGUCUUUAUUACUGCACUUCUCACCAUCAUUGAGCAAUGCAAGGCCCAAUCUUGUGUGGUUGAUACUCUAAAAGUGAAAGAAGACUUUGAUGUGAAAAGGUAUGGAGGAAAAUGGUAUGCCGUUGGAAAGAAAGAACCAGAAGGCCUCUUCCUUCAGGAUAACAUUUCUGCUGAGUACACAGUAGAUGAAGAUGGUACAAUGACUGCAUCUUCAAAAGGCAGAGUUAAGCUUUUUGGGUUUUGGCUUAUCUGUGCAGAUAUGGCUGCUCAGUAUUCAGUACCAGACCCAACCACACCAGCCAAAAUGUAUAUGACCUACCAGGGACUGGCUAGCUACUUAUCAAGUGGAGGUGACAACUACUGGGUGAUUGACACAGACUAUGACAACUAUGCUGUCACUUAUGCUUGCCGCAGUCUUAAAGACGAUGGAACAUGUCAUGAUGGCUAUUCUAUUAUAUUCUCACGCAACCCACGUGGAUUUUCUCCAGCUAUUACAAGGCUUGUGCGCCAGAAACAAGAGGAAAUCUGCUUGGCUGGACAGUUUCAACCUGUUCUCCAGUCUGGAGCUUGCUAAAAUAUAACAUAAUUUCAAGUAUGGAAGUGGCACAUCUUGACUGAGUAAACAAAGUAUCACAAGAUGCACAACUUUUUUUAUUUUUUA